AAUAAGAUUUAGUCGUCGAUAAACUAGCUCAUUCUGUAGUAGUGUUGUUCGUUAAUUGUUAAACAACGUCAAGAUGAAGACUUGGCUAAUUAUUGUUAGUGGUUUGCUGAUGGCAGCUGCAAUUAAUGCUGAUCCUGAAGAUGAUUAUAUAGAUCUAAUGAAAGAUCAACUUAUACACUGUGCUAAAAAAAAUGGAUUAACUGAAAAAACUCCUAAAGAAAUAUUCUACAAAGAAAUGGAAAGGGGUGAGGAAAAGGCCUCAUGCCUUGUUGAAUGCACCAUGAAAUUAAGAAGCUUUAUAAAAGAUUCGAAGAUAAACCUAGACAAUGUGCAGGAGUUUCUGAAAAUCGUGCACGCUGAUGAGCCAGAUUUAUUAAAACAAAAGCAAAAAACUGCAGUUGAUUGCUUCGAUAAAGUUAAAGACAUUGAUGGGUGCAAAAUGGCGUUCAGCUACGUUAAAUGUUUCAUGGAAAACUAAGAAAAUUCAGAUGUAUUUUAAAGAGUAUAAAUAAAUAAAAGAUGAAUAUAUAUAAAAUUAAA